UACACAAUUAUUAAAGCCCGCAAAUGCCGCCAUAGCAGGAGCGCAAAAUAAAUCAUAGCUUUUUGGAUGUUAUUUUUUGCGUGUGUUGGUGUCGCUGGACGCCCUUUUUGCCCAGGCGAAGCGAUGAAUUUUGAAUUUGAGAGGGAGAUUGGGUUCAUCAACAGCCAGCCUUCCCUUGCAGAGUGCCUGACGUCUUUCCCCGCUGUCCUGGAGUCAUUUCAAACUUCAUCAAUCAAGGACUCGACAGCAAUUCCACCUCCUUUCGAGCACACCAUCCCAAGUCUGAGUCCCUGCACAGGCAACCAGGCGCGACCGAGGAGCCAAAAGCGAACUGCCUCCAAUGGCCUCCAGCUUCGGACACAAACAGCACCGCCGACGCAGCACCAGCAAGGCCCGGCUCCGCUGUCGGGUGGCGCGCCCCUGGCCCACGAGUUCCCAUGGAUGAAGGAGAAAAAAUCCUCGAAGAAGUGCCCCAAGCCCGGAGCCACUGCAGCUGCAGCAGCAGCCUCCCCCUCUCAGGCAUCCUCCGGCUACACAACCGCGGGACUGGAGUCCCCGACAGAGAUUCAAGGUGGACUCGAUAAUGUUAGCGGUUCGCGGAGGCUGAGGACCGCGUAUACCAACACGCAGCUACUUGAAUUGGAGAAGGAGUUUCACUUUAACAAAUACCUUUGUCGGCCCAGGCGCGUUGAAAUUGCAGCACUUUUGGAUCUAACCGAGCGACAAGUCAAAGUGUGGUUUCAAAAUCGACGCAUGAAGCACAAACGACAAACUACACACCACCGGGACGGCCAAGAAGGCGAGCCCAGCGGUUUUGACCUCCUAGAGGGAACUGACGCUUCUUCACCCUAUUCGAGUCAGUCGUUGGAAGUAUCUGGUUCUGGCUCGGCAGCACCCUCUGAGAGUGAGACGUGUCCGACAACUGCCGCCUACACGAACAGUUCGGACAAAAGCCAGCCCACGCCUGAAGAGGGCCAAGCGAGCCAGCCGGAGCCAGCAUCUGUCCCUGACACAGCGGUUCACUCCCCCCCGUAUCCAACGCCUACUGCAGAUAACCCCACCACAAUGGCUGAGGGCCGAGCAGCUGGGCCGGAGCAUUCGUUCACAGAGCCGCAGGAUGCCACCUCUCUCCCAGAUUUGAAUUUCUUUUCGACGGACUCCUGCCUACAGAUUUCGGACGCUUUAUCACCGAGUUUGCAAAGCUCCCUGGACAGUCCAGUUGAUUUCUCCGAGGAAGACUUUGACUUGUUUACGAGCACCCUUUGUACUAUAGAUCUGCAACAUUUACAGUUCUGAACAAAAAUCACAUCAAAACGAAUUCAAGAACUAUCGAACUCCAUCGCAAUGCAGUGUCAUGAAUGCUUCUCGACCGCAACAUUCCUAUAAGACAAAAAGAGUGAAACGUCUACCUAAAGUUUUUAUGAAAAAGAAAAGCAAAAAAGGCGUAAUGCAAUGCCUAAACGGAAAUAAAUUGUCCAUUAUUUUGAAAAUAUGAUGUAAUCUUUUUCAAUACACAUCGGGAUGGCCCAUGUCGAAGUAUCAGGUAUUUUAUUGCCUUUUGAUUGUCGGAUUUAGUUUAUGUCUACUAACAGAUGAAUAGUUGCGGACUUUUUUUCAGUGAAACUCAAUCAUUGGAAUCUCAGGAAUUGUGUCAGACAUAAGGGUAGUUGAACUGCUUUUAGGAAUUCUCCCAAGACGGGCGUUGUCCCUAUUGAAUAAUUUUAGACCUAGUUUAUUUAUUGAGAUCCUUUAAUAGUAAAUUUCAAAUUUAUUUAUUGUACGUUAUUUUCAUAGUUGAAAUAAUAAAAAUAAAACAAAAACAAUACAUAAAA